UCUAAAGAUCUAAUUGUUGGAAAAUUAAAAAUCUUCAUGAACCGGAAUAUUAAAAAAAGACAUUGGUCAGGUGGUUUAUUUCCUUGUUUGGUACUCAAUAUUUUAAAUAUUAUAUUUUAUUUUAUUUUCCUUCCCUCCUUUUCCUUUUCUUCUUCCCGAGCGACUCUCCAACGUUCUCUCCUCUGCGAUUCUCUAAAAUACUUCUUUAACCAAUUUUAUCAAAAAUUCCGGUGGCCGAUUACUGCCUCGCCGGCGACUGUAUACCGAGAUUUUGAAAGGGAUAUUUUCAAUUUCGUUAGGUCUACAAACUUACUAUUUAAAGUAUCAGAAGAGGCUUUACCUUUCUUGAAUGAAAAAGAAAGAGUAGACGGGAUUAGAAAUUUCUACACAAGCGAAAAAAAACAACCACAAAGUCAGAUCUGUCAGCUGUUUCAGACUUCGUGGGUUCAAACAUCAAUCCGCAAUUUAGAAAAGCUCCGGCAAGGACCUUAGCGUUUAUCAAUCAGGAUCCUGAAGAGCGAAGAUGACGACAAGUCUCCGAUCUCUACUUUUUUGGCUCUGUUUUAUCAUUUCCGUGAAUUCUCCGUUUCCUACAGAGUCUGAUCGCCGAGUAGACAUCGUCGUUUCGAUUGUUAGACAGUUGGGCUAUCCAGAGGAGUUCGUAAAGAGUUGGCAAGGGAAUGACCCUUGCCAAUGGUUUGGGAUAAACUGUCUGGAAGGUAUCAUCACGAGUAUCACCUUUAUCUCCCUGAACAUGAGCGGAACCAUCUCUCCACGGUUUGCAGAUCUAACCUCUCUUCAGGUGAUAGAUCUUUCGCAUAACGGUCUUACAGGUACCAUUCCUCCCGAACUCACUAAGUUGAACCUGAGAACUCUGGAUCUUUCCUAUAACCGUCUUCAUGGGACACUGCCGCAAUUUAGGAACAUAGUUCCAAACAUUGAAGGAAACUCAGACAUCGAGACAAACCGCGUUCUUGUUCCUUCGCCAACAAGGAACAAGAACAAAUUAGUUGUUUUGGCACUUCUCAUAGGCAUUGUGGUCGGUUUGGUUGUUGCUGUAGGAGGAGCUUUUGCAGUCUAUCUGUUGAAGAAAAGGAAGCAAUUAAACAGGCUUCCAGAACCCAAUGAAACAGUGAUCGUGGAAUCUGAGAGUUCUGUGAUUCCGCUCCAGCUUCUCAGGGACGCUACAGAAGAUUUUGAUGAGAAGAACAUAAUUGGGAAAGGUGGGUUUGGGUCAGUUUACAGAGGGAAACUGCAGAAUGGAAACUUUGAGAUUGCAGUGAAAAGGAUGGAGAAAUUGAUAGGAGGAAAGGGCAAGGAACAGUUUGAAUCUGAGGUUUCUGUUUUGACAAAGGUCCACCACCGAAACCUUGUAGUUCUUCAUGGAUACUGUAUUGAAGGAAACGAGAGGCUAUUGGUUUAUCGAUACAUGCCACAGGGUACUUUAAGUAGGCAUCUUUUUCACUGGAAGGACGAAGGGUUGAAACCCCUUGAGUGGACUACUCGGCUUACUAUUGCAUUGGAUGUGGCUAGAGGACUAGAAUAUCUGCAUAGUUUGGCUCGUCAAAGUCAGAGUUACAUACACAGAGAUCUGAAACCGUCAAACAUUCUUCUGGGAGAUGAUAUGCGAGCAAGAGUUUCAGAUUUUGGUUUGGCCCGGUCUACAGCAGAGGGCAGCGAAUCAAUCAGGACAAAGUCUGUGCUCGGAACAUAUGGUUACAUGGCACCGGAAUAUGCAGUGACUGGAAGGAUAACUACAAAAGCUGAUGUCUACAGUUUUGGGGUUAUUCUCAUGGAGCUAGUCACAGGCAAGGAAGCUUUAGACGAGAAGCGAUCAGAUGCUGAACAACACAUUCCCAGUUGGUUCAGGAAAGUCUUCAUCAACAGAGACUCUUUCGGAGAAGCCAUUGACGAAACCAUUGAGGUUGACGAAGAGAACCGCAUCAUCAUCGACGACGUAGCGAAACUUGCCAUUCAUUGCUGCGCCAAGGAACUCACACAGAGACCAGAGAUGAGGUAUGUUGUUUCGACACUUACCUCACUCACUGGCACUGGGCAGUGGAAGCCCAGUGAAAUAGAAGAAGACAACGACAGGGACGACAUAUUAGAAUAUCUAAAGAGAUGGAAGGAGCAAGAGAUGGAGGGAACCAGCAGUAUUGUUGUGGUUUGAUGAAGCUUCAAUUUAGAGUCUCUGUUUCAUGAGAACAAAUUCCUUGAC